AUUUGUUACCUUAACAGGGAAGUCCUGUUGAGAGUACACAUAUUGAAACAAGGAAGGUAGAUGAAGCAACACAGGACAGCUAUGUCCUCACCAUUGCACCAGCCAUAUCCUAGCUCUAACUCUUUACCUAAGCCCCAGAGCAAACCGUAACAUCCACACUCAGGUGCUCUGUUCCUAUGGUUGUCCUGAAUUUGGGCUUGGCCUACUUCUUUGGAGACAAAGCCCAUCAAGACCCUACAGUGGUAAGAGUAAAGAGACUAGUGACAGCUAGUAACUAUGUGUAUUAGAGAUGUGCUUAGGUCUGUUGACCUGAGCUUGGGGACAGUAGUAGGCAGGGAGGAACUCAGGGGGGGGGUGUGACAGACAGGCCAUCUCCGCCUCCUUCCUCCUCUGCCCUCCCCACCCUGAGAGCCCCUACUUGGUGUGUCAGCCUGUGGAACAGAAACCACAGAUACUUCCUUCAAGCAGCAGCCUAAGCUCAGAGCCCACUCACCCUGUGACCCAUCACCGGCUGAAGCUAUGGGAAGCAAUCAGGACUUCCGAAACCUCCAAGCUAAGUUCCAGGCCUCUCAGCAAGAGCCUGGAGAACCAUCCAGAAAAACCCCAAAGCCUGAGUUCAACAAACUCCUAAAGAAAUUUCCACAGACUGAGUUAAGUGAGCAGCCCAAGAAGGUCUCACAGGCUGAGCUCGGGUCAGUGUCCUUGAAACCCCUGCAGCUGCAGUUUGCAGACCUCCCCAAGAAGCCCUCACCGUCAGAGGUUCUCAGAAAGUCACCGCAGCCCGAGUUCACUGAGCUACCCAAGAAGCCCCUACAGUCUGACCUCAAAGAUCUCCCAAGAAAGCCUCUACAUCCAGAGUUCACUGGUCUCAAGAAGCCCUCACAGGUCCAGCUCACAGCUUCCAAGACGCCCCCAGAGCCCCAAUUUGCCAGCCUCCCCAAGGCCUCACAAUCCGAGUUCACUAAUCUCCCCAAGAAGUCUCCACUACUUGAGGCACCUCAGGAGCCUACCGUACCUGCCCAGAAGUCCCAGAAGCCUGAGAUCAGCAAUCCUGCCAGGCCUGCAGUAGAGCUCAAACCUAUCACAGUCCCCAAGAAGUUCUGGCAGCAAGAGUCCAGUGAGGCCCCUCUGAAGCCCUUGCCAUCUGAGUCCAGUACUUUUCCCAAAAAGUCACUGCAGCCUCAGGCUGCUGGUUUCUCUAGGAAGUCCCUGACACAGUCAGAGCCCAGCGAAAUUCCUCAGACAUCUCUCUCCAAGCCUGGGUCCAGUGAGUUUUACCCUCGCUCCCCACAGCCCGAAGUCAGCAACUUUCCCAAGAAGUCCCUGCAGUCUGAAUUCAGUGAGAAAGUCAAGAAGACUCCACAGCAGUCCAUGUCCUAUGAGGUCUCCCAGACACCACCCUGGAAGCCUGAGUCAUGUAACCCCCCAUCUCACUCCCCACAGCCGGACUUCCAUGCAUUUCCCAAGAAGCAUCCACAGCUCCAGCUAAGUGACCUUACCAGGACAUCUUCGGAGCCCGAAGUCCGCAGAUAUCCCAAGAAGCCUCAGCAGCCGGACCUCAAAGUCCUUUCUAAGAAGCCAUCGCAGCCAGAACUGGGUCAUCUCCCUAGAACAUCCUCGGAGCCUGAGUUCAGCUCACUCCCCAGGAAGUUUCUGCAGCCUCAACAUGGAAAGUUCUUCCAGCCUGACUUUCCCAAGGCUCUGCCCAGAAAGCCCAAGCUUCCCGGUUCAGUAUCGGAGUGCUCCCUGCCUUCUGCCUUUGCCAGUUCCAGCCCCCAUUUCCCUCUCAGCCCUGGGUAUGGAGUCCCUGGGACACCCCGCUGGAGACCAGAAGACUUCCAAACCCGGCACCCACCCCGUAGGCGACCUCUGCCCUCAACUAGCAGCCUGGGAUCCCCCCCAGCUAAGCCCCCAUUACCACCUAUUCCCAUCAAUAUGCAAAGCUUCCGGAGAGCCUCAGCAACAGCUACAGCUGUACUGAAGACCAGCUCUUCUGGGACCCACUUCCCAGCCCAACAACCUCAACAUAUCUCACAGAACCUGGACGAGAUCUAUGAGCUCUAUGAUGCUGUGGAGGCCACAGGUGACUCCAGUCUCAGCCCCAGAGGCAGAGAUGAAGUGCAGUCUACCCAGCAAGCCACCAGAUUGCCUCAGCAGGACACAGAGCUCAGGAAGAAUGCCAGUCAGCCCCAGCAGUCGCUAUCCACAGACCCCAAGCUGCUGAAACAGAUCAGGAAGGCAGAGAAAGCUGAGAGAGAGUUUAGAAAGAAGUUCAAGUUUGAAGGUGAGAUCGUGAUCCACACAAAGAUGAUGAUUGACCCCAAUGCCAAGACCCGGCGUGGGGGUGGCAAGCACCUGGGCAUCCGACGUGGAGAGAUCCUGGAGGUGAUUGAGUUUACUAAUAAGGAUGAGAUGCUGUGCCGGGACCCCAAGGGCAAGUAUGGCUAUGUACCCAGAACUGCACUGUUACCCUUGGAAACGGAAGUAUAUGAUGACGUCAGCUUCUUGGGUAUGUACAGUGACUCCCAUGGAGAUGCUUGUUAUCAUGCCUCUGUGGCAUAGGGAAUCACUUGAAUUCAUCCUUCUUGCAGAUCCUCUGGACACCCAACUGUUUCCUCAAGGACAGUAAGGCAGAUAAAGGUGGGUUCCAGGACUACCAGUCCAGUCACUGUUCUCUCAGGAGCCCUGGAUCCCAGCCCGGCAAACAGAUGCCCAAGUACACAUGCCCACAUAAAACCCCUCUUUAAAACA